AUGGAAGAACAAAAUCUACUUGAUCUAUUAAAUGUGAUUGCAAAGAAACAAUAUAAUAACUACAAAAUUUCUAUAGAACCAUUUUCCACUGACGGUGCAAAUUAUUCAAGUAAGCUAUAUGCCGUAAAAAUCUCUGAAGAAAAUCAAGAACUAUGCUUAUUCACAAAAGUAGCAGCCAUCGGCGACGAACUACGUUCGAAUUCAUUCUCAAAUAUCUACGAAACAGAGAUUGAGUUCUACACAAAGAUAUUCCAAAGGUACCAAGAGAUAGAAGAGAAGCAUAACGUUCCGGAAGACGAGAAACUGGUUGUACCAAAGCUGUAUGGUUAUAGAGACGAAUAUCUUGAAGAGAUAUUGGUAUUCGACAAUCUUUUAGCAAGAGGGUAUCAGAUGUACGAUAGGUUCCAAACCAUGGAUUGGGAUUACGCUUCACAAUCUUUGACAGCACUUGCAAGGUUGCACGGACUAUCUAUGGCUUACUCCGUUGAGUAUCCAGAGGAAUUCAAAGAGUACACAGAGAAACUGAAAAUCAAAGAAGAUAUAGAUGGAUUAAGAGAUUAUUUGAACGCUGCCAUUGACAACGUGCUGCAAGUCACUAAAGAAGAGAAUAAGGGAAGACUACAAGUAUUUCUCGGGACUGUAACGAGUGCGGAAUACUUUGUCAGCGUUCUGAAACCAAUGAAGAGCUCUGUGUUGACUCAUGCUGAUUAUCGACCCAGUAACCUGUUACACAGGGUUCAAGACGGUAAGACUGUCCACGUCAUUCCAAUAGAUUUCCAAACUCUUCGUCACGGAAACGUCAUCAGUGACCUGGUCUACUUCAUCUUCACGGGUUCCGAUAAAAAAUUUCGAGACCAAUAUUACUGCAAGUGCUUAGACCACUACUACUCACAGUUGGCUUUAACUCUUACACGACUUGGCUUGGAACCAAUGAAGAUCUAUCCAAGAGAGGAUUUUGAAUAUGAACUAAAAAAAGCGUCAUCGUAUGGACUUCUAGCGGCAAUAUUGUGCUUGUUAAUAAUUACAGUAGAUCCAAAAGACGCGCCAAAAGUGGAUGAAAACUUACAACAAAAGGAUUUUGCUGUACGUCCCAACGAAAGAUAUGCAGAAAGAAUCAACGAUGUCAUUGAAGAUUUUAUUAAAUUAAGUGUAAUAUAA